AAUCAGCCUGUGUAUUUUGGGCGUUCUGGGACAUUUCCUGGAGCUCCAAGAGCCAUCAUUAAAGGAGUCCCCGUGGGUACACCAGGUGAUUGCUUUGACUUUGCAGUUGGAGGUCUCUACUGUCUGAAUAGACCACUCCUGGAUAUGGCAAGGAGAUGGCUUGGUGAUAGGAGAGCAUUUGGAAGGAUGUGUAAUAUUACAAAGGAGCCAGAAGAUGUAACUGUUGGGUUUGUAGUUGGUAUCACUCUGGGCCUGGAUCUCAACCAUACUCUACUAAUACACAGUCAUGGCGAUGAUCUACGCAGUGUACAAUCUGACACCCUUAGAUUCCAGAUUGGGAUAUCUUAUGGAUUUGGGAGUAUCGUGUGGGGGAAUCGACCUAAUGUUGUCAGUGUUCCUCACAGCCUCUUCUCUCUAGCUGAAGACCCUUCUCGGUUUCUCUCUCUCCAUUGCCUCUAUCACGGAGAAGUAGACUGGUGUAGGACUCGGAGAAAAGAGCUUUGGAGAAGAAACACCAGCUGUUCUUCAAGAACCAUAGGACCACUUCCUAGCAAUAAUGUCCUAGUUUUACGUUAAAAAACUCUUUAACCCACUGCCCAAUGCAAGUUCUCAAGCUGGGA